ACACCACGCCCGAUAUCCACGAAUUCCGCAACAUUUUCGGCUUAUCCAGCGAAAAUGUUUUAAAUAAGCCGUGAUUAGAACGAGUAAAGUGAAAUUUGUGUUCUAGCGUUGCUUGUGAAAGUGCAUUUCUCCCUAAAACACCACGAUCGAGAACGAGCGGUGGGGGUUUCGACGGUGAAGCGCGCAAACACGGCGAUCGCACAAGCAAAACGGAGUCGAUCUUGUGCGAGAGCGGCGGCGUGAUCUCCCGGAGAACGGAUUUCGCGCCACAGCAGGAGCGCCAGGAUUUGGAUCCGGAAUCACGAUGACGGGGGAGCUUCCGUCGUCCCCGGCCGUUACCGCCACGGAGGACAGCGAGAUGGAGAUCGAGCUGCUGGAGAACGAUAUUCGGCGGUUGCGAAAGCAGCUGCAGGAGAAGGUCCAGCAGCUGAAGGCCUUGAAAAAGCAUUUUCAGAAAAACUGUAUAACCAAGCUGAACAACGAUGAAAUCGCUCGCUACAGUCGUCAGAUCAUAUUGUCCGAGAUUGGCGUACAAGGGCAGUUGAAGCUGAAGAAAGCGGCCGUGCUGGUGGUCGGUGCCGGUGGACUUGGUUGCCCUUCGGCGCUUUAUCUAGCGGGAUCGGGCAUCGGGCGCAUCGGUAUACUGGAUUACGAUGAGGUGGAGCUUACGAAUCUACACCGACAGCUUCUACACACCGAGGCAACCGUAGGCCUGACCAAGGUGGCAUCCGCACAAGCAGCUCUCGAGCAGCUCAACUCGCAGAUCGAAAUCGUGAGCCAUCACACACAGCUGACGAGCGAGAAUGCACUCAAUCUGCUCGCACCGUACGAUGUGGUGGUCGAUGCGACGGACAACGUGGCCACCCGAUACCUGCUGAAUGAUGCGUGCGUUAUGCUGGGCAAACCGCUCGUCUCCGGCAGUGCUCUGCAGCUCGAGGGUCAGCUGACCGUGUACAAUCAUCGGGGAGGACCGUGCUAUCGGUGUCUCUAUCCAACGCCACCUCCACCCGCUGCCGUAACAAACUGUGGUGAUGGUGGGGUGCUCGGUGCGAUCACCGGUGUCAUUGGGGCUCUCCAAGCUCUGGAAACCAUCAAGAUCGUGCUGGCGAAUGAUGGCGUUCUGAGUGGCCGGCUUUUGCUAUUCGAUGGACAGCAGAGCGCGUUUCGAAAUCUGAAGCUUCGGCCCCGGAAACCGGGCUGUGCCGUGUGCUCGGAAAACCCAACCCUUACACAGCUGAUCGAUUACGAGCAGUUCUGCGGCAUGAAGGCUACCGAUAAGGAUAGCGCACUGACACUUCUCGCACCCGAGGAACGAAUUUCUGUGCGCGAGUAUCACGAUGAAUGGCUCAUGGCCGGCCGGAAGCAUUUGCUGAUCGAUGUGCGUAGUGCCAGCCAGUACGAGAUGUGUCAGUUGCCGGGAUCACCGAUAAACAUUCCGAUCGAUGACAUUAUCCACGAUCGGCGCACCGAGGAAAUCGUCGAGAAGCUGCUGGCUACCGUUGCCCAUGAGCAGACGGCGGCACCUCCGCCCUUGUACCUUGUCUGUCGCCGGGGCAACGAUUCACAGCUGGCUGUACGGCACCUGGAACCACUGUUCAGGGCUCGAAAUCUUCCUGCUCCGCGUGAUCUAAUUGGUGGGUUGCACGCCUGGACCAAAACCAUCGAUCCCGCCUUCCCUAUCUACUAGCAAGACUAGGGACAAGCAAAGAGCACGAGAGAGAGAAAAAGCAUUGUUGUUUAUGUACUCGUUUACCUGUUUUAGCAUUUUUUGGAAGCACAAUAAAGUCUAAUGAACCGCACAGUUGGACCCCAAUUAUCGAUGGUACGC